AAUAAGGCCCCACUUCUUCUUUCUUUGAAAUUUAGGGUUUCUGAACUGCUUCGCAGUUCGAAAUCGAUCUUCGGCACAAACUGGAAAGUGAUCUUCGCUUGUUACCUGCAAAUUUGGAUGGAUCCUUCUGCUUUAAGCUCUGCCGAAUUGCAGCAAUUUAUCAGUCAAGAAAAGCAAAAGGCAAUGGUCAACGAAAUGGUGGCGAAGCUGACGCAUAUCUGCUGGGACAAAUGCAUCACUGGCACUCCCGGGAGCAAGUUCAGCUCCAGCGAGAGUUCCUGCCUUUCCAACUGCGCGCAGCGCUAUAUGGAUAUGUCUCUCAUUAUCAUGAAACGCUUUCAGUCCUUGGGUUCCAUGCAGUAAAGACAACAAAACCAUGGUAUCUUGACCCAGUUUUUGAGUUGUAGACUUCGAUUAGUUCAUAUCAUUACUUAAUUUGAACUAGAAUGUAUUAUGUUGUUCAUUGGAUACUUAACAAUCAUUUUUAAGACUCCAAAAAUCAGUUAUUAUGGAAGUUCUAUUGUUGGGAAGAA